AUGAAUGUCGAUAAGGAAGUGGAAGAGCUGAAGACGGAGAUCAAACGUCUCGGCAAAAAGGAAGCUGACGGAACUUACAAGGUCACAUUCGGCACGCUGUUCAACGACGACCGGUGCGCCAACCUCUUUGAAGCCCUGGUCGGGACACUGAGGGCGGCCAAGAAGAGAAAGGUCGUCAAGUACGACUCGGAGAUGCUCCUGCAGGGCGUUCACGACGACGUCGAGAUCACGCUGCUUCAGGCCUGA